UUCAGAGACGAACUGAUGGCGCUUUACAGUCGAUCAACCAAAAUCAUUGAUGAAGCAUUGCCUGUAUUGGAAGCAAGUCGCAGCUCAGUUCUUUUCGAGAAAUUAUGCGAAAAUAUUGGUUCGUUCCGCAUAGUUGCUUUGUUGAUCAUAUCCAGGAUCAUAAUUCGUCUGAACGAAAUUAAACGAUCCAAAAUGAUAAAGCGUUUCAAAUUUUAUCACUGCAAUAAAGUGCUGGAAUCGGCGGUGGAUCUAAAAAAUCGGCCUCAACUUUGGGAGAAAGUGGCUGAUGUGCAGGUUAGUCAGGGAAGCGGUGAAAUCGAUGUACAGCUGCCAUUACCAGUAGUUACAUGCAAUGUGGUACUGGAAAUGGCCGAAUUUCAUGAAAUUGCAACAGCAAGCACAUCGGACGCACCGGAAUUGGUCCACUGUCCACGAUGCUCCACAGCAGUGCCACCAAAUCCAGGGAUUUGCUCGAAUUGCGGCGAAAAUGUUUUCCAAUGCAUAAAAUGUCGCGCGAUUAAUUACGAUGAAAAGGAACCGUUUCUGUGUAAUUCAUGUGGAUUUUGCAAAUAUGCACGUCUGGAGGCAGUGAUUGUCGGCCGCUCAACACCAUCUGUACAGACUAUUGAGGACGACAGGGAACGAGGAACGGGUCCUGUAAUGACAACACUUUAUCGUAAUGCCGAAAAAUUGCACGCCAAACUUUGCGAAAAACUUCGCCAAUUGGCAGCAUUUCGUGCCGAACUGUACCGCUAUGAUGUGGAAAAUGGUGAUACGCAAAUGCGUGAUAUUGCUUCUUAUAGCAAUGGAUUUUACACUACCUCUGAUCGGUGUGUAGGCUGUGUGAGCUCACUGAUAGUACACUGCAUUGGAUUGAUACGAGCGGUAUGCCAUGACUCGAAUGCUAUGGAGGAAAUUAUCAGCGGAGAUUUUGUCUUUGACAGACUGGGUCCUGUGAUGACAACACUUUAUCGUAAUGCCGAAAAAUUGCACGCCAAACUUUGCGAAAAACUUCGCCAAUUGGCAGCAUUUCGUGCCGAACUGUACCGCUAUGAUGUGGAAAAUGGUGAUACGCAAAUGCGUGAUAUUGCUUCUUAUAGCAAUGGAUUCUACACUACCUCGUAUGUAACGGGCUGUGCACUUGGUGAUGCCAUUGCUAAAGCCAUACAUACAUUGAUCUGGACUAUCGCUGAAUGCAGUGAUAAAGCAACAAAGAAAAUGUGCGCAUUGGUUGAAAAUGGCAUGCUUCCGUGCUACCUAUUAACUAAAUUCGUCGGCGAAAAUAAUUUGAAGCACUGGGAAGAAAAGCUGCGCUGUUUGGCUCGCAUGACUGCCGUUAAAAAUGGUGACACGGAAGUGGAUUUGCACUUGUUAUCUUUGCUGUGCAAAAUUUGCGCACGUGAGUCGUCGCCUUCUAAAAAGGAUGAAACGGAGAAGCCAGCAGCAACACAUCCAUCAACGAGCAAGAGAAAAUCAGGCGCUGAAGUUGUCGCAGCUGAGCGUCCAGCGUCGUCGGAUCAUCAGCAACCGGAGCUGGUGGCCGUGCCUGAAGUUGCCGAUGAAGACGAGGAAGAGGAACAUGCAGAUCCAGAGCAGGAGCUUCAGGAUGUGAAAGUGGAUGAAAGCUCGUUGCGUGUAAUUCUGGAAAAUUUGGAAACGCUGGAUGAAACGGAGCCUGAUUUUGAUAAACUUGUGGUGCCGUCGGAUGGUUUCUCCACCACAGAAUGGUUAAAAGGAAGAUUCAUUUGGUCCGAAUAUGGACGAUUGUUGACAGUUAGUGAGCCAGAGCGAGAACGUUGUAUCUUUCAAUACUUGAAGCGUUGUUCCGAAGUCGGCUCAAAACAAAAAUUUGUCAGUUUUUUUAAUUAUUAUUUGCAAAUGACGCUAGAAAUGAUGAAUAUUUCUCCGCUUUUUCUUCUUGAAUCAUUCCGCUCAUUUAUUAUUGCUUUGUUCUUGCCGCUCUCGGGCAGUUACAACUUGUGGGAACGGAUUUGUUCAGCACUUAAUCAACUGGAAUUUGUAAGCCUUCUAUCGUGGUUGCAACAAUCGAGCAAUUAUCCGGCCGACCAGACCAGCGAAUAUUUUUCGCUGCUGCAAGCACUUGUGAAAGUGCCAAAAAUUCGCAGUUUACUUCUUUCGAAGCCAAUCUCAUUCCAUGUCGACAUCUCAAGCUUAAAAUUACGUGCACAUGAAGUGAAUGAUGCGCUAUGUGAUCUUUCUGUUGGAACACGGCUCUAUCAUCUUAUCUUGGUACUAAAAUGUAUUAUGCAGAAGAAUAAGUUGGGCUGGAAGCAGCUGAGUGAAUCGUCCGCAUUAUUAUUUCCGCUGCUUCUUCGAGCAUCAUGCGCUCUAAAAGGAAUUGUCGUUCUUCGCACUUUGUAA